AUGACCAAUUGUAUCAUUGUUGGAAGCUCCACUCCGAUUGCGGACAAGAACCACCACCAUCUGAAUCUCUCUGGUUGGAAACCUAGUCAAGCGUGGCUGGCAGAACCAGCCAUCGUCGCUAUUUUCUCGCCAGAUGGCUCCCCACAAGCGAAAGGCACCACCCAGGCGACCAAGUGGAUCCAGAGCAUCCACAAGGCCCUUGGUCUGCAGGAAUGGAUGAGCACCACACCAAGUCCCAAGAUCCCCGGGGUGGCCCCCUUCCUGCAAUACAUUCGCCAUGUGUUCGAUGGAGACAUGCUGGACAAACAGCUGUACUUCAGCCUGACCCGGCGACGGCGAUUCAAGCGACUCGAUCUCCACAGCAAGCGACAGCGCACCGUCCACGAGAUGUGCAAGCAAGUCAUCGACCAGGCACCAAAGGAGACCGAAGUGGUGAUUGCCUUUGGGGAUGCAUCCUGGAAACAGGGGAAGGGAUAUGCAUCCAGUCCCAGGAGACUCAGGUUUGCCAAGUACUUUGAGCAGUUCCACCACCACCAGAGACGACCACCAGACCAAUCCGUCUCCAAGAUCCAUGUGUGCUCGGUGAACGAGUUCAACACAUCCCAGGUGUGCUCACAUUGUCGGGAAGCCAAGUGA